AUGAGCGCUCACCUCUUCGCAGCGAAUACGACCAGAGACCCGCCCACAGCAGACACACCUACACAGACACACUUACAAAAAAACAUAGCAGUCAUCCCCACAGCAGCCACCCCCACAGCAGACACGCCCAUAGCAGACACGCCCACAGCAGCCACCCCCAUAGCAGACACGCCCACAGCAGCCACCCCACAGCAGACACGCCCACAGCAGCCACCCCCACAGCAGACACGCCCACAGCAGCCACCCCCACAGCAGACACCCCCACAAUAUACACGCCCACAGCAGCCACCCCCACAACAACCACCCCCACAGCAGACACGCCCACAGCAGACACGCCCACAGCAUCCACCCACAAAAAAAACAAAGCAGUCACCCCCACAGCAGCCACGCCCACAGCAGCCACCCCCACAGCAGCCACCCCCACAGCAGCCACACCCACAGCAGCCACCCCCACAACAACCACCCCCACAGCAGACACGCCCACAGCAGACACGCCCACAGCAUCCACCCACAAAAAAAACAUAG